AUGUCUGCGCCGACCAAAAUCGAAGACUCCCAAAAUAUCCCCAUGACCGCGGACAAGAAGCGUCCGCAAGAGCAUGUCGUCGACGCAGAAACCAGCAGCAACGAGAGAAAUGUUCACAUCCAACAUGGGGUCAAGCGCGUCGAGGCCAUCAAUCAGGCCCGGUCCAUGAAAGCUCUCGUCAUCACUGCCAUCUCGCACGUUCGCUCCCCAAUUCAGGAGGAUUCCACCGGAUUGACCUGA